AUGGAAAACCUCUCCCUCCACGACCACAAUAAUGGCCCUGCCGGGCGACAUGGAGGUGGGCUCCCGCCUCCGCUCCCGCAUGGCCACCAGGCGUAUCCCCCCCCUUCCCACCCCAAUCCCCCUCACCCUGGCUUCCAACACCAGCAGCAAGCUCCUCCUGGGCCUCCUUCCUCUGUGCCUGCGCCGGGUCAAGCUCCUUCUCCAGUCCCAAUGAUGGUACCGGGUCCGCCUCAGCUACCUCCUCAGAUGUUCACAACCGCGGCGCAACUUUUAGAUUUGACUGAUAGCGUGCUAUUGGAGACAAGCGAAUGGACUAACUCUCCUCUCUCCUCGCCACGUUUGCGGAAUGCGGUUUUCGCAGAGAAACUUGUCCUGGUGCUCCGUGAUGGGCGCAAGUUAAUCGGUGUGCUACGCAGUUGGGACCAAUUUGCAAAUCUUGUCCUCCAAGGAACCGUUGAGCGAAUAUACGCCGGGCACCUUUUUGCUGACGUUCAGCGGGGAAUCUACCUGGUUCGCGGAGAGAAUGUGCUCCUCCUAGGAGAAAUUCGUCAAUGUAUCUACUUUUCGUUCGAUCUACAAUUAACCAUGCCAAUUCCGCACUGCAGGGAUCUUGAUAAAGAGGACGAUAUACCCUCAGGCUACCGCCAGGCGUCAUACGACGAAGUCUUUGCACUGAAAAAGCGGGAAGAUGAGCAGCGAAAGAAAGGCGAUAAGCGUCGUAGCAACAAAUUACAGGCACUCGGCUUUGAGGCUGAGCAUAGCGGGGAAACAUCAGUGGUCCUCUCCGCAGUGGAAGAUACACUCCGCGACCAGCAUGCCGAAUUCACGCCAACCGCAUACUUCGCCGCCCUCCUCGCCCUACUAGGCCAGGCCAUCAAUGCCAACCAAGGCAUUGUGAACAAGGACCUUGCAGCCUCCAUUGUCUACCUCCUCGAUAUCGUUUCCCCCUUCGUCCCCACUCCACUCCUCACCUCCAAGUUCUCCCAGAUUCUCACCGGCCUUGCACCCGCCCUCACCCUUCCCGAAGCAGAAGCCCCGCUCCUCAAGCCAUCCGUGGGAUGUCUUCAGUCGCUAUUGGUAGCUCAGGAUGCGGCGGCAUGGGCUCUACCACAGUCUCAGAUAGGACCCCGCAGAGCUAUGGCCGGCCUGAUGGCACUGGCCGUGGACCACAGACCAAAAGUGCGCAAGCGGGUACAUGAUUCGCUAAUGCAUGUGUUGAAAAACCCCCCACCCUCGCCGGCACUGGACCACCCAGCGGCAGAUAUGUGUGCGGAAACUGCCCUGCAGACGCUGAGCGAGAGUAUUGCGGCAGCCGCAAAGGCCAAGAAGGGCCGCCAUGGACAUCAUCAGGGCAGCCAACACGAGCCGAUGGUCAUCCAUGCUGUGCAAUUGGUGAAGACUAUCGCCAUGGCUUCGGGUGGCUGGCCAACAAAGAAGAUCGAGCCAUUAUGCGAGCUUCUGAUGAAUGUAUCCAGGUCGUCUAACGAGUACCUGACCAUGGCCGCAUUUGAGGUUUUCGAGAUAAUCUUCCAGGGUAUGGCGGAUGAGUUUUCCUCGUCGAAACUUCCCCGGCUGAUGGAGGCGAUUUCGGAGUUGAAACCAGCGCAGAAUGAUUCUCAAUUACUGCCACCCUGGAUUGCGGUUGUAUCCAGGGGAUACGAUGUAUCUGCGCAGGUAAACCCGGAAGAAACUUUUGAAAAGUUACCGGAACUUUUUGAACUUAUCUCGUCAUUCCUAACUUCGCCUUCGCGAAAUAUCAGAAUAUCAGCCUCGGAGUGUCUUAUCUCUUUUCUUGUCAACUGUAUUCCAGACUCCGUUAUACUCGAGCCAUCCAUAUAUGACGAAAAGGUGUUUGAGAAACUUGCUAAAAUAGCUACUGAACUGCUCUCUGUCAAGUACCAGGCUGCAUGGAUGGAGGUACUCAACGUGCUCUCCGUGAUGUUCGACGCUCUGAAAUGGAGAUCAUUCCCGGUUCUAACAGAUAUCGUGAGGACAGUUGGGGAGCUACGAGGUUAUGAAUCAUUUGCCGGCAAAAAACAAGCCGAUCAAGUCCUUGGAGCUGCAAUUGCCGCCAUGGGUCCCGAAGCAAUACUGAAUAUACUCCCGCUGAAUAUCACAAACCAAAAAGCGGGCCAAGCGGGCCGAGUCUGGCUUCUUCCCAUCCUCAGAGACCACGUAUCAAACACACGCCUGGCAUAUUUCAGAUCCGAAUUCGUUCCACUCAGUGAAGCGCUAUUCCAGCGUGUCCUGGAAUACGGAAACGCUGAGAAGACAGUCGAGGUAAAAAUUUUUGAGACCCUCAUUCAGCAAACCUGGGCCAUUCUACCGGGUUUCUGUGAGCUCCCCCUGGAUCUGACAGAAUCCUUUGAUCAAAGCUUUGCAGAGCUGCUUGCAAACGUGCUCUACAAACAGACUGAACUGCGGGUGGAUGUGGGUAGAGCGCUGCAGAAUCUUGUAGAGUCGAACCAAGCGAUUACAUCUUUGGACACUGAAACGGACGAUCUAAUACUUCAGCGGCGUAUCUCCAAGGAAGAAGCGAAGAGAAAUCUCGCACAUCUUUCUGGGUUUGCAAGCAAUCUCCUUGCUGUGCUGUUUAAUGUCUACAGCCAGACCUUGCCUCAGUUUAGGGGUUUUCUGCUGCAAUGUAUCAAUGCGUAUCUAAGCAUUACAGAUGAAAAGGAACUAAUCGAAACAUUCACACGGGUCAUAACGCUGCUGGAGGCCUCUCUUGCGGAGACAGAAACCCCUGAGCAAAAGCAAUCAAAAGUCCCUGGCGACAGAAUGCCCCCAACCUCACACACGCUAAUGGAUCUCCUCGUGACGAUGUCGAUAUAUCUACCGCGGUCAAGUUUUGUAACUUUAUUUUCACUUGCAGCGGCGGUUCUUAACAAAAAGGCCUCCGACCUCCAGUUAAUCAAGAAAGCAUACAAGCUUCUUCCGCGUCUAGCUUCAACAGAAACUGGCGCCACCGCUCUUCGCGAACGGAGCUCCGAACUGCAAUCCCUCAUCCUUUCAACAGCCGAUCAGACCCCGCCUCCAGCCCGCCGUGACAGGCUCCUAGCCAUCCACGAAAUAGUCACCUACCUCCCAACCUCAGACCUCCAUUUCAUCCCGUCAGUGCUCUCCGAAGUAGUCCUCGGAUGCAAGGAGAGCAACGAAAAGGCCCGCACAGCCGCAUUCACAUUACUCAUCCACCUCGCCCAACGCACCAUUGACCCCGAACUGAACCCCCGCCGGCACGAUACCGCCCCAGACGCCCCCGCCACAAUUGAAGAGUUCUUCACCAUGGUCUCUGCCGGCUUAGCAGGCAGCUCCCCGCACAUGGUCGCCGCGUCCGUGACAGCCUUAUCCCGCCUCCUCUUCGAAUUCCACAACAAACUCGCCCCCUCAAUGCUCUCCGAUCUGGUAGAGACCAUCGAUCUCUUCCUGACAAGCAAUAACCGCGAAAUCGUUCGCAGCGUGCUCGGUUUUGUGAAAGUUGCCGUCGUCGCGUUGCCCGAGGACAUGCUGCGUCCACGUCUCAGUUCCCUCGUCCCCAACCUCCUGGUGUGGAGCAAGGAGCACAAGGGCCGUCUGAAGAGCAAAGUUAAAGGAAUUCUCGAGCGGUUGAUCCGACGCUUUUGGCGCGCCUCUGCUUGA